GUGAUGUGUAACGGCCUCUGUUUCUUUCUCUCUAUAAAUAUCUUCUUCCUCAUUUCUCAAUCCUCUGUGUAUCUCUUUCUACCUUCUCUGAACCUAUAGAGCCAACGAAACCAGAGGACAGUGAACAAAGAAUUGUAUAAUUCGAUCUCAACUCGUUCCUUUGUUGAUUCUUUACUCCGACUAUUAUGAGGAUUGUACGUGCGACGGAGACGUUCUCGGCGGAGCUUAAAGAGUUCAUGUGCGCCGCUGUGCAAAGGAGGAAAGACGACGACGGAUUCAGAGGCUCUCGUGGCGGUGGUAAAUCUAGAAAUGCCAUGGAUCUUGAUUCUGACGCCGGAAACAGAUUGGUUUGUGUUACUGGUGGUGUUUCUUACCUUGGUCGUGCCAUUGUUAAACGUCUUCUUGUUCAUGGAUACUCCGUUAGAAUCGUCGUUGAUUGUCCAGAGGACAAAGAGAAAGUGAGUGAGAUGGAAGCUGACGCUGAAACGGCGUCGUUUAGCAACAUGAUUACUUCAGUGGUUUCUCGAUUAACAGAGAUCGAUAGCUUAAUUAAAGCGUUUGAUGGUUGUGCUGGCGUUUUCCACACUUCUGCGUUUGUUGAUCCUGCUGGAGUCUCUGGAUAUUCGAAAUCAAUGGCGGAGUUAGAAGCAAAAGUGAGCGAGAGUGUAAUCGAAGCGUGUACAAGAACAGCCUCAGUGAGAAAAUGUGUCUUCACAUCAUCUCUCUUAGCCUGCGCUUGGCAAAAAAAUCCCUGUAAUAGUCUUGACCACUCUGUUAUCAAUGAAGAAAGCUGGAGCGAUGAACAACUCUGCAUCGAUAAUAAGCUUUGGUAUGCACUUGGAAAACUAAAAGCCGAGAAAGCUGCGUGGAGAAUAGCUGAUUCAAAAGGAUUAAAGCUUGCAACUAUAUGUCCUGCUCUUAUAACUGGUCCUGACUUCUUCAACCGUAACUCCACUUCAACCUUGGCUUAUCUCAAAGGUAAAUUAAAAACAAACCUUAUAAUGAAUAUGAAUCCAAAAUUGAGAAACCGUCCAAGAAUAAUGUUUAUUGUUAUAUAGAUAUACUCCUAUUAGCAUAUGUGUACGUAGUUCACGGGUGGUCCUUUCGAUAAAGAGACAAAAGACAGCUGAUAAGUUGUUGACUUUUAUUUAUAUAUUUUGUUUUGCAAAAAUGCAGGAGCAAAAGAGAUGUAUAGUAACGGAUUAUUAGCGACAAUGGAUGUGAACAGGUUGGCUAAAGCUCACGUAUGUUUGUGGGAAGGUUUGGGUAAUAAAACUGCGUUUGGUAGAUACAUUUGUUUCGACACCAUUCUCUCUAGAGAUGGUGCUGAAAAGCUUGCAAAAGAUAUCGAUGUUCAAAUCGAAAAGAUUUGCGGUAACAGCAACGAUUCAGAUGCAAACACAGAAACAGAAGCUUCUUUACAAAUAUCAGAUAAAAAGCUAUUAGAUCUUAUGUCAAGAACUCUACGAAGUUGCUACCAUGAGAGUUAGCUAGGCACGACGACAAAAAUUAAACAGAGCAGUUCUAAGCUAUUGACGUAACGUUUUGCUCUUAUUCUUUUCUUCUUUUAAAUUAUGCUUUAUUUAUUUGUUUAGUGUAAUGAUAAAUCAUUAUGAAAUAAAAAAAAUGAGAAUCAUUGUUAUUUGUAAUUGUACGAAUGUGGUUUGCGUGGAGGGUGGUUGUUGUAAAGGGCGGUAGAGUUGGUGUUCGUGGAAAAUUUAUAAAUUCUUCCUAUUUCGG